CGGUUUCGACAUAUUGAUCACGGUCUUGGAGGGGUCGUUUCGGCGACAACUCGGCCGAAUUAUCUCAGUCUCGGCUGAGACUUUGAACCAUGAAUGUGGGUGAUAAGUGGUAUGGAUGGGUUGCCCUGCUGAUGCUUAUCAUUCAUUAGAAUUAAUUGGAGCAUAUCUUCAACAGAAGGCAGAUUUGAAGACUAUUGCUGAUAUUAAAGCAGAAGUGAAGCAAAUAACUUCACGGCUUAUUGACAAUCUUACCAAGGAAAUUCAAGAUAACAGCAGGUCCCUCAGGGUUUGUGAGCGUAAAUACAAUGAAACUAUUAUACUGUCAUUCGAUUUCAUGACUCGAAAGGAAGAGAUGGAUCGAUUCCAUAAUGAAGAGAUAGAAAGAUGCUGGAUACCAUGCCAAUCAGUUGAAAAGGUAUCUUCAGAGCAUGCAGCUAGAGGCAUGGAAACAAAAGCUGAUUGAGCGUAAGAAAGAAUUGGAGAAAUGGGAGGCUCAGAAUGAAAUAGAGAGGCAAAAACUUGAGCUACAGAACAAAGUGGUACAUAUCUGACCAUACCAUUGAACGUAUGCAAUACUAGAAUAUGGAACUGCAAGCAGAAAAAGAGAGCAACAAUCAACAGAGGAAUAGCAUCCCAGCUGGUGAAAAAUAAACCACCCAAAUCAAAAGCUAAAAGAGCUCACAACCUGAUGAAAUUGUUAGACUCAUUUUGUUGUUCAGUAGAUGAAACUUGUUAUUACUGUAUCCUUCUUCUUGUGAGUUGUUCAACUAGGAUAUAUGAUAUGUUCCAGGCGCUGAACAAUCUCUGUAGUUAAGCGGUUCCCAUAUCUAUGAACUUCUGUCAAAACUGGUAAUCAAUUUAGAAAACAGAUAUUUGUUUGCUGUGUCA